GGGCUCGUGAUGUUGCACCUAAACUGGAGGACCUCCUCGAUCGUCUGCAGGCCCUUGAGAGUGACCUCAAGGCCAUUCGCCCCUCUGCUGAACACCCAGCGACUGCCUAUGCCACUCAACGUGGUCGCGGUCGCGGACGUGGACCUGGUCGCGGAUCUGGACGCGGAGCUGGUCGCGGCUCUUCCUCCUCCCCAGGCUCGGCUCCUUCCUCUGGCUCGUCUCCGUCAUGGGACUCUCCUCCCAGUGAUGACGAUAACUCCCGCAGCAGGCCGCGAAUCUACUGUCAAUUUUGUGACAAGCCUGGUCAUGUCGCCAAGAAUUGCUUCCAACUCUUUCCCCACAAACGUCCGCCGCAGGCCAACUACACCUCCCAUCCACCUACUGCUCCAUCUUCUGCGACCAACGGUGGCUGGCUCAUGGACUCCGCAGCUACACAUCACGUCACCAACAACCUCGGCAAUCUCUCUCUCUACUCUGAUUACAACGGACCGGAUGAAAUCUACUUGGGUGAUGGUUCAGGAUCUAAGAACGGGGGCGCGCCUGCUGACCGGAAGGAACAAAGGUGACACGUACGAGCUUCCCCAUCAGUCUGCUGCUGUUCGUGUAGCCCUAGUCACCACUAGUCACUCGCCUGACUCAUGGCAUCGUCGUCUUGGUCACCCGUCCUCCAAGUCUCUACUUCGUCUCCUUCGCACUCAGUCGUUACCACAUUCGUCUAAGUCUCUUACCCAUUGUAAUUCGUGUCUGUCGAACAAAAGUCAUAAGCUUCCUUUCGGUGAUUCUAGUUUGUCAAGUACUCGGCCCUUUGAUCUG